AUGUCAAAAAUCUCUAACUCUCAAGUUCGUGAACACGUUAAGGAUAUCUUAGCUUAUUCUAACGAAACCAAAAAGAGAAACUUUUUGGAAACCGUUGAAUUACAAGUUGGUUUAAAAAACUAUGAUCCUCAAAGAGAUAAGCGUUUCUCUGGUUCUUUAAAAUUACCUCAAGUUCCAAGACCAAACAUGUCCAUCUGUAUCUUUGGUGAUGCUUUCGAUGUUGAUCGUGCUAAAUCAUUAGGUGUUGAUGCUAUGUCUGUUGAUGAUUUAAAAAAAUUAAACAAGAACAAAAAAUUAAUUAAAAAAUUAGCUAAAAAAUACAAUGCUUUCGUUGCUUCAGAUGUUUUAAUUAAACAAGUUCCAAGAUUAUUAGGUCCUCAAUUAUCAAAAGCUGGUAAAUUCCCAACCCCAGUUUCCCAUAACGAUGAUUUAUACGGUAAAGUUCAAGAAGUUAAAUCAACCAUUAAAUUCCAAUUGAAAAAAGUUCUAUGUUUAGCUGUUGCCGUUGGUAACGUUGAAAUGGAUGAAUCCACUUUAGUCAACCAAAUCUUAAUGGCCACCAAUUUCUUAGUUUCUUUAUUGAAAAAGAACUGGCAAAACGUUGGUUCUUUAGUUAUCAAAUCAUCUAUGGGUCCAUCUCACAGAUUAUACUAA